UAAAGGGGUGAUUUUUUUGUUUUUUGUUUGUUGUUCUAAUGGGGAUAUGUUUGAGUGCUAGAAUUAAAGCUGAAAGUCCAUUUCAUACAGGGCUAAAUUCAAGAUCUGUUAGCACAGAUGGAGGUGAUAGCAAUUCAAGCUCCAGGGUUCCACCAACUACUAGAAGUGAAGGAGAGAUAUUGCAGUCUCCCAAUUUGAAGAGCUUUAGUUUUUCUGAUCUCAAAACAGCCACUAGGAACUUUCGUCCCGAUAGUGUGCUGGGAGAAGGUGGAUUUGGAUCAGUUUUUAAAGGGUGGAUCGAUGAGAACACGUUUGCAGCUACCAAGCCUGGGACAGGUGUGAUCAUUGCUGUGAAAAGGCUAAAUCAAGAAGGUUUUCAAGGUCACAGGGAAUGGCUGGCGGAAGUUAACUAUUUGGGGCAGUUUUCUCAUCCUCAUCUUGUAAAGCUGAUUGGCUACUGCUUGGAGGAUGAACACCGGCUUUUGGUUUAUGAGUUCAUGCCUCGGGGCAGCUUGGAAAACCAUUUGUUUAGAAGAGGUUCUUAUUUCCAACCUCUUUCUUGGAAACUACGCUUGAAGGUUGCUCUAGGAGCUGCAAAGGGGCUUGCUUUUCUCCACAGUGCUGAGACAAAAGUGAUAUAUCGAGACUUCAAAACCUCGAAUAUUUUGCUUGAUUCGAAUUACACUGCCAAACUCUCUGACUUUGGAUUAGCUAAGGAUGGGCCAACAGGCGAUAAAAGCCACGUCUCUACAAGGGUUAUGGGGACCUAUGGAUAUGCAGCUCCAGAAUACAUGGCCACUGGUCAUUUAACUAGCAAGAGUGAUGUGUAUAGUUUUGGAGUUGUCCUCCUUGAAAUGCUGUCAGGUCGUAGGGCAAUCGACAAGAAUAGACCAGCCGGAGAACACAAUCUAGUGGAGUGGGCGAAACCUUACCUAGGUAACAAACGCAAGGUCUUCCGUGUUCUGGAUACCCGUCUUGAAGGCCAGUAUUCAAUGGACGUGGCGAGUAAAGUAGCUAACCUUGCCUUGCGGUGCCUAUCCAAAGAUCCUCGAUUUAGACCAAGCAUGAGUGACAUUGAUAAAGAACUGGAGCAACUUUAUCAACAAUCUAAAGAUUCAGGAAAUACUCGCAGCCAUGCUAGCAACCGACCUAGACCACGUAGACGAAGUGCUGGUGAUGUUGCUAGUAGAAAUCCUUCAGUUGCUUAUCCAAGACCUUCUGCUUCUCCCCUUUACGCUAAAUAAUUAAACAAACGAUUGAAAGAUGCCUUAAUUUCUUGUUUUUUGCCUUUAUGUUUUAUCAAAGCUUGAUAAGUAGUUGAGGCUGAUGAAGAACCUCUGCACAUUUGCAGUAUCAGCUGACUGAUUGUACAGUUGUUUUUGGCUAAUGUAUUGAUCAAUACUUUCUGUAGGUCCUGAAUGUGUUUGUAACUU